CAGUGCGUGUGUCCGGACAAAUAAGGAUGUAACACAGUCUGUCUCGCAAACUUCCGCUAAAAUCAGCAGGAUUAUGAAAGCAUGACUUGGGCCUACAUUGUAACUGCGCCAAUGAACACAAACAGCCAAACAAGCAGACAGAUGGCCCUGUUUGGAUGGCUUAUUUAGGACCUCGGCUCGCACCGUCACGCAUCUUUGUCCCCGGUGUGUCCGCCUUCAGACUCCUCGGUACGGUCGGAAUGGCCGACAUGGGUCUGGCGAUGAGCCGUUCCCCGCUGGAGCAGCUUGACUUCGACAACGUUGCCCUCAAGAAACUCCCUAUGGACUCGUCCGAGGAGCCGGGGGUGCGUCAGGUGAAAGGAGCGUGCUUCUCCCGGGUGAAGCCACAGCCGCUGACCAAGCCCCGGUUCGUGGCUGUGUCACACGAAGCCCUGGCGCUGCUGGGGCUCAGCGGAGAGGAGGUCAUGAACGAUCCGCUCGGGCCGGAGUACCUCAGCGGAUCCAGAGUCAUGCCUGGAUCCCAGCCCGCUGCUCACUGCUACUGCGGACACCAGUUCGGACAGUUCGCCGGGCAGCUGGGCGACGGGGCGGCCUGCUACCUGGGGGAGGUGAAGGUGCCAGCCGGCCAAGAUCCCGACCUGCUGCGGGAAAACCCGAGCGGUCGGUGGGAGAUUCAGGUGAAAGGAGCUGGGUUGACUCCUUAUUCCAGACAAGCUGAUGGCCGUAAGGUCCUGCGCUCCAGCAUAAGAGAGUUCCUGUGCAGCGAGGUGAUGUACUUCCUGGGUGUUCCCACCACCAGAGCCGGCUCCGUAGUGACCUCUGACAGCCGGGUCAUACGAGACGUCUACUACAGCAGGAAUCCUCUCUAUGAGAGAUGCUCGGUGGUCGUCCGUAUUGCCCCCACCUUCCUCAGGUUCGGAUCCUUUGAGAUCUUCAAGCGGGCCGACGAGCACACGGGCUGCCAGGGUCCCAGCUAUGGACGGGAUGAGAUCCGAGGUCAGAUGAUGGAUUACGUCAUAGAGACGUUUUACCCGGACAUCCAGCGGAAUCACCCAGAGAGGGUGGAGAGGAACGUGGCUUUCUUCAGAGAGGUGAUGCUCCGCACGGCUCGCCUCGUGGCUCAGUGGCAGUGUGUGGGUUUCUGCCAUGGAGUCCUGAACACGGACAACAUGAGCAUCCUGGGACUCACGCUGGACUAUGGUCCAUAUGGCUUUAUGGACAGGUUUGAUCCAGAUUUCAUCUGCAACGCCUCCGACAACUCCGGCCGAUACUCCUACCAGGCCCAGCCAGCUAUCUGCAGGUGGAACCUGGUGAAGCUGGCGGAGGCGCUUGCUCCAGAGCUGCCACCGGACCGGGCUGAGGCCGUUAUGGACGAGUACCUGGAUCUGUAUAACGGCUUCUACCUCGAGAGCAUGAGGAAGAAGCUGGGCUUACUGAAGAAGGACGAGCCAGAGGAUGAGCUCCUGAUCACAGAGCUGCUGCAGACCAUGCACAACACAGGUUCUGACUUCACCAACACCUUCCGUAGCUUGAGUCAGAUUUCCUGUCCCACUGAGGGGGAAAGUGAAGGAGAAGAGGAGCUUGUCAGGAAAGCCACAGACCUCCUGCUGGAGCAGCGUGCCUCCUUAGAGGAGCUCAAGGCUGCAAACAAACCCACUAUGGAUCCACGCGAGCUGGCGAUGCUGCUCUCUAUGGCUCAGAGCAACCCGGCACUGUUCCAGAUGAUCUCAGACAGGACGUCAAUUGCGAGGCAGUUAGACAGACUCAGCAAACUGAAAGACCUGAUGGAGACCAGCCAGGAAGAGCUGAAAACCCAACAGGCGGAGGAGUGGAGCCGCUGGAUCACACGCUAUAGGAAGCGUCUGGCUCGGGAGCUAGAAGGCCAGAGUGACGUGCGGGCCGCGCAGGAGGAGAGGGUGAGGGUGAUGGACAGCACCAACCCUCGCGUGGUGCUCAGGAACUACAUCGCCCAGAAUGCAAUUGAGGCUGCUGAGAAUGGAGACUUCUCUGAGGUCCAGCGAGUCCUCAAGGUUCUGGAGAAGCCUUUCUCUCUGCAGCCAGGUCUGGAGCUUCCCGUGUGGGUGGGCGGCGGCGGCGGCGGCAAGGCCACCAAACAGGGAGAGAGGGAUGAAGGAGAGGACCAACAGCAAGAGGCGGCCUCUACGUCCACAGACAGAAACCCUGUUCCCUAUGACAGCAGGCCCCCAGCUUGGGCCCAUGAAAUCUGUGUCGCAUGAUCUUCGUAAUAACUUCCCUGAUUGUUUCGCUUUCCUGCCGAAAAUGAUAAGAGUUUAUUGCUCUUUUAGUUCACAUUUGUGCUUUUUUUUUUUUUAAUGUCCCUUCCACUUUAUGUACAACUCUCCAUUACUUCGGCAGGAAGCGUCAGGGAAGUUAGCAUGAGGCACGACAUCCCAUAGGCUACCUAGCUGAACCAAAGCAGACAGGCGGUGGGUUGAAUUUAGGGGUACAAAUGCAUAGAGAUACAAAUAUGAUGUUGCCAUGUGAGUUUAAAAUAUAUUCAGCAAAUCUGAAAUGUGCCAUGAAAUGGCUUUGAAGUGAUUAAUUCCCUCCAUUGCCUGACAUUCCUGCUUAAAACAACACCAGAAUUGACUUGAUGAGGAAAUUGAUAGAUGAGGAGUUUUUUUUUUAAGGCAGAUUUCUUUUAAAUCUCCUUGAAUGCAAGAUGCAUUAAGAUAACUGGCACACAACAAAAGAUGGCAGAAAAAAUACAUCCAAAGACAUUUUGGGAAAGACGUUAUUCUUUUGACUUUACAAAGAAGGCCCUCAGCUCGUUCCCUGUCUGCUUGGUGUUUGACUAGCUAUUAAUGACGACUCAGACAACAAGUCCUACAGUGACCUGUCUGACUCUGACAAACUGUGAGGUGCCACCUCAACAUAUACCAAAUAGUGUGUGUGUGUGAGAGAAAAGAUGAUGAUUUUUGGGCAUGUAUUUGGGUGAAUGGGAGUGAUUGCACUUGAUCCAAUAAGCCGCAGUAGAUCAACACACAAUACUGUUUAUUGUCACAUAAUAUAAAUAAUUGCUUUUCGCCUCCGUCAUAGCACUGCUUUAUAGGCAUAGAGCCACAACCACCACUUUUGUUACCUAACAUGUAAAAUAAGCAGUGACUAGUGAAUCUAGAGUCCAGCAAAGGAAAAUGGGAACUGUGUGUUUAAAUUAGGCUAUUUUAGUCGGGUUGUGAUUGUGUAAACCUAAGGAAAGAUGUCUUUAAUCUGUGAUGCCUCAGCACUAAUCAUAACAUGCCAUACUUGAAACAUGAUCAAUUUGUUAGUUUGGCCAAUCAAUUUAGAUUAGUUGUCAAAAUUGGACGAUUAAAACUGAACAUUCGCACAAAAAAGUGGCAGAAUUGACAUGAAAGGAAAUUGUUUCAAAGUUGUAUUUUUCCUAAUAAAUAUGGACUGUAUGGUUGAUCUCUUCCCAAUAAACUGAGCAGUCAAUAGA